GUGUAGUGUGUGUUAUUUUAGUGACACCGUUGCUAACACUACUUAUAAACAAUAAGUCAGAACAAUAAAAUUUUGAUUUAGGACAGCGCAGGAAAUAAAUUAAUCAUGGACGAACAUCGCACUGGGGAGGAGACCCCGAUGUCUCAGAGGCUCACAAACGAGGAUUUCAGGAAACUCCUCAUGACUCCAAGGGCUACGCCUGCAGCCGGCGCCCACCCCGCUGGCUCAGUGCGCGAGGCCAUGGCCAAUGCUGGGUCCAUGCCCCCACCAACAGAAAAUAAAAGUGAACUUCGGCGUAAGAAAAAGUCGUAUUAUGCUGCCUUAAAGAAACAGGAAGACAAUAAGUUGGCCGAGUUAGCGGAGAAGUACAGAGACAGAGCUAGGGAGAGGAGAGACGGGUCCAAUGAUAUUGGGCCUACUGACCCUACCAGCAAUACCAGCAGUGCUUACAGAGCUGUAGCACCAGAUGUUAAAUCAGGAAUGGAUGCUAAGGAAAGAAGGAGACAACUUAUUCAGGAAUCCAAAUAUCUUGGUGGUGACAUGGAACAUACCCACUUGGUGAAAGGACUUGAUUAUGCUCUAUUGCAAAAGGUGCGGUCAGAGAUCCAAACGCGUGAGCAAGAGCAGGAGGCCGAGAUGGAGCGGCUCGUGUCGGAGCCGCCAGUGGAGGCCGUCAAGGAGAAGAAGGAAGUGGCCCCGCAGGAAGAAGAGAUCCAAUUCAAAACACAGAUGGGGAAAAAUAUUUACAACAUGGUCAUGGAUCAGAAAAACAAGAAGGUGACCCGCAACGAGUUGUUCGCGCCGGGCCGCAUGGCGUAUGUGGUCGAACUCGACGAGGAAGGUACUAUAGACAGCGACAUCCCUACGACGCUGACGCGCAGCAAAGCCGACGUGCCCGAGCCAGACGAGCGCAGCUCGGCCACGAGCGCCAACGACGUCGUGCUAGAGAAACUCACGCAGAUAUUCAGCUACCUGCGCCACGGGCGGCACAGGAAACUCAAGAAGACUAAGGACAAGAACGCAGAAAAGGGUCGCAACGAGGACUCGAUAUACGGCGACAUCGGCGACUAUGUCGCCGGCGAGCGGCGCGAGCGAGAGAGACGGGACGAGCGGCCGAGGACGGGCUACUUCGACAAGCCCGUCGAGCAAGAUAAGGAGGAAGGCCCCGGUCCCCUGCCCCGGCGCGCCGGCGCCGGCCCCAACCCCGAGGAGCGCGACAAGCGCUCCGCCGCGCUGCUGUCGCGCCUCGCCGCCGAGCCCGAGGGCUACGCCGAGUGCUACCCGGGGCUGCGCGAGAUGGACGACGCCAUCGACGACUCGGACGACGAGGUCGACUACACCAAGAUGGACGCCGGCAACAAGAAGGGGCCUAUAGGGCGAUGGGACUUCGACACGCAAGAAGAGUACUCCGCCUACAUGAGUAGCAAGGAGGCGCUGCCAAAGGCGGCCUUCCAGUACGGCGUGAAGACACAGGACGGCCGCAAGACAAGGAAGACCAAGGAUAAGAGCGAGAAGGCAGAGCUCGACAGAGAGUGGCAACAGAUUCAAAAUAUAAUUCAAAAACGCAAGGCGCCUGCUACGGGUGACGAGCCAGGUUACAAGACCCCGAAAUACUAGCAAAGGUUACUGAUUUCACUUCUAACCGUAGUUUGGAAUUAUACAAGUAUUUGCUUUUUUGACCAAAAUAGUGUAAAGUGUAAACCUUUGUGUAUGCCAAAUUAUGCUUAGCAGUUUAUGACCUUAUAGAUAUAGGUUUAAAGUUUAAAAUGAUAGGCGCAAUGAGCUAAGAAACAUUUGAGAAGACAUCUUAAAAUGAUUAGUUCCUUUGUAUAUUCAGUAUGUAUGUGACGAGAAUAAGAGUGGUAUUCCAUCUGUCCAAUGUGUAUUUUCGUCUCACAUGUUGCUCAAUGAGACAGUGAGACGCAAUGCAUAUUGGACAAAGAAAUUGGACAGGUGGAAUACCACCCUUAGGUAAAUGGUAAAUAUGGAUGCUUGAUAAUGGUAAUAGGGAUUAUAUUUAUCGUCAGAUUUUUAUAAAAUUUGGUGGAUGAAUAGCCCUGUUCUAUAGCAAUUUCAACGUAUGUCCUAAACUUUUUUGCUGUGGUUUACGAAAAUGUACCUAUGGUAUUUUAUUUUAGUAACACAUUGGACAGUUACAUACCUUUUUUUUUGACUGUUUUGAUUUUAUAUUAAUUCCGCGCAGAAGAAAGAGCUUUUCAAACCAUUUAAAUAUCAUCCAUAUUAAAAAUGGGCCGAAAAACCUAACACAAAAGUGUUGCAGAUUUAUGAGUAUUAAAUAAAAGUAAUGUUGCAUUUUGACCGUAUUGUUUUAGUGAAUUCGUAAAAAGUAACUUGGUACAUGGCAAUAAUAAAUAAAAAACCGGGCAAGUGCGAGUCGGACUCGCGCACGAAGGGUUCCGUACCAUACCGUACCAUAAUGCAAAAAAACAAAACAAAAAACAGCAAAAAAACGGUCACCCAUCCAAGUACUGACCCCUCCCGACGUUGCUUAACUUUGGUCAAAAAUCACGUUUGUUGUAUGGGAGCCCCAUUUAAAUCUUUAUUUUAUUCUGUUUUUAGUAUUUGUUGUUAUAGCGGCAACAGAAAUACAUCAUCUGUGAAAAUUUCAACUGUCUAGCUAUCACGGUUCGUGAGAUACAGCCUGGUGACAGACGGACGGACGGACGGACGGACGGACGGACAGCGAAGUCUUAGUAAUAGGGUCCCGUUUUACCCUUUGGGUACGGAACCCUAAUAAUGGAGGCUUGAGAAAUCUAAAUAAGGUUCUUGGAAUUAGGGCCGUAUUACGGGUCGUGUUGGUUUAAGUUUACCUAGUUAGCAAGUCGCAUGACUACAGUUUACUUUUACUUAGAAUUUAAACGCGUUACUAUGAGUGCGCGCUGUAACAAAGAAUAUUCAUAUUCAAAUAGGAAUAUGUAUAUAAUCACGACAAAAGAACACUAAAGUUACAAGCUUACCAGAAAGUCAUAAGUCCGUUGGAUGUUAUAAUGAUGAUAUUUAACAAUAAUAAAUCAUAAAAUUAAAUAAGCACCAGGUCACGCAUAAAUAUAAACAAAUUUCAACACUUAGUACUAAUUUAAACUAUCAAAUAGAGGUCCACCUCUUUUGCUCUAGCAUUUAACCGAUAUAUGUAAAAUACACUUACAGUCUGUGACAUGAAAGUUUAGUUUUGUACAGGUUCUGGUAUCGUCUUGGGUCGUCCCAUUCGUUUUUCGUCAAGUUCUUAAAUUAGUCCUAUUCUGCUUUCGUCACUCAUUCUACAUUGAAAGCCACCGACGAUUGUGACGAAUGUAGAAUGAGUGACGAAAGCAGAAUUUUAGGACUAAUUUAAGAACUUGACGAAAAACGAAUGGGACGAUCCAAGACGAUACCCAGGUUCUAAUAAUAUUCCUUAAGAUUCUUUGGGCGGUGUAUAAGUAUGUCUGUAACUAACUGUAUUUCUCGUGGCUCAUUUUCUUUGUACAAUAAACCAUAUUAGUUGUACUGUACACUUAAUUGUGGACGGUAGUUUUUUAGUGUACGACUAAGUACGCAUAAAUGUUUGUGUUUUGAACUCUGGGAAAAUGUAAUAAUACAUUAUUUGAUUUUGUUGUAAAUAUAGUAUAAUUUUCCUAAUAAAUAACUUUAAGAUGCAA